UUCACUCUGUUCGCGGACUGUGUUCUGGUUAUCAGCGCAAUAGGCAGCAGGCUUACGGUGGAAAUAUUAAAAAAGAAAAGGAAAAAAAAAAUCGCUUCGCUUUCAGCUCAACAAGGACAGACUGAGGCUCCGUGUCCCUCCGUGGGGCUGCUCCGGGUCCACGGCCUGAUCUGUACUGGCAGUGGAUCCGCUGCAGCUGAAGCCUUCGAGAUGCUCCGAGCUCUCUGCAGCUGCACAGUAACAGCGUCACCGAUACCGGCCUGGGGACACAGCUAUGUUUUUCAGACGGAGAGCCAGGAUGUUGCGAUGGCUGGUGUGUGGUCGGUUGGGUCCGGUUUGGAUGUGGAAAGCGUUGCUACUCUUUGUGGCCAUUGCUUUUGCCGGCCAGCUGCUGGGGAUCAUUUUCAACAAGAGCAGUGUCCAACCAGCUGCUCACUCCAUCUUUUCAUCCCCUGAUGCCCAGGGGCCCGCUCUGGGCUCCUGUCAGCCCCACACUCACAUCAUGUUCCUCAAGACCCACAAGACAGCAAGCAGCACAGUGCUCAACAUGCUGUACCGCUUUGGAGAGGAGCGCAACCUUCGCUUUGCUCUUCCACUGGGCUACCAGCUGGGCUACCCACUACCUUUCAAUGCUCACCGAGUCAAAGGUUAUCGAAGUCCCAGAGCCAUGGAAUUUCACAUCAUGGGCAAUCACAUGAGAUUUAAUAAGCUGGAGGUGGAGAAAGUGAUGCCUGCAGACACAUUCUACUUUUCUAUCAUCAGGGACCCAGUUGCACUGGCUGAGUCCUCCUUUGCCUAUUACAAAGAAGUAGCUCCUGCCUUUCGGAAGGCAAAAGGGUUGGGUGACUUUGCUGACGACCCUAAUAAAUACUAUGACCCUCGUCUUCGCAACAAUCAUUAUGCCCGCAACCUACUGUGGUUUGACUUUGGCAUGGACAAUAAUGCAAAUUUUUCUGUGGAACUAGCUCAACGGGGUGAGGCCAUGAUCCGCCAGACAUUCAGACUGAUUCUUGUGUCUGAGUACUUUGACCAGUCUAUGAUCCUACUGAGACAUGCCCUCUGCUGGCCACUAGACACUGUAGUCUCAUUCAGCCUUAAUGCUCGACAGCAAAAGCCCAGCAGCAACAGCAUGAUGAGUGGAAGCUGGGUGGGCAAAGCUGCUCUAGCGGCUGGAGUUGGUGCUAGACCUGGACGUUUACAAGCAAAGAUACUGCCCAAUCUGUCAUUAACAGAUGAUCAGCGGGAGAAGCUGCGCCAGUGGAAUGCCUUAGAUUGGUACCUAUACAAAGCCUUCAACCGCACAUUCUGGGAGGAAAUCAAGAGAUUUGGUCAUGCCCAGAUGGAGCAAGAAGUGGCUCUUCUCAGGAUGCGGCGGGAAGACCUGGGCCGAGUUUGUCUCAGGGAUGGUGGGAAGCCCGUGGAGGCCUACAGGAUACGAGACAAAAAUAUCAGACCCUUCCAGAGUGGAUUAGUAAAGAUUCUUGGCUAUGAGCUCCAUCCGGGCCUUGACAAUGCCACCAAGAUGGCCUGUCUGAGGAUGAUCAGGCCUGAGAUCCAAUACAAAGAUGUGCUGGAUAGUAAACAGUUCCCACGGGCACCUGCUGUCCAAGUUCAGCUAGGACAACAGGGCCAGGGACUGAUGGUAGCACCUGGUGGCACUUUUGUAAGACAAGAUUCAUCUAGGACAGGAGAGAAAUUGAUGAAGGGGGAGGCUGGAGGGAGGACAGUAGAGGACGAGGUAAGAGACUGGAAUGGGAGCCGUUUAAUGAGGAGUAACCAGACUUUAAAACGAGGGCAAGAAAAAGGAAGGCUGAGAUAGUUUGAGUUACCUUAAUAAAUAUGUUACCUUUGGUUUUGGAGCAGAUGGACUAGUGACCACUGAGCCAAAAUUAGUCUACAAAUGAGGAAGCAAAAAGCUUUUCAUUUCCACUUCCACUUUUCUCUCUCUCUGUUUAAUUAGUGUAAUGUUUCUGGAUUGGCAUGUCUUCAUGUUUGGCAAUGUUGGGAAUUCCUUCUUAUUACAUGGACAUAUGUGACAGCCUAUUUUAUUAUUGUAAGAGUUCAGAUUUUCUUAUUGACCCUGUGUAAAUGCUUAAAUGAAAUAAAAGGUACAUGUUGUUCCAAGUUUACAAAGAA